CUUAUAUAUAUAAAAAGGAAGCUAUAGCCUUAAAUGAAUGAUACGUGUCUGAUUUUUUAACUGAAGGUAUUCAAAACGACAUACUUUUGACUCUGCUAAAUGAAAAUUGAAGCGAGAUGCGUUGAGGCAACUCAAUUUCUCCGUUCCACUCUUUCGAAACCCUAAUCUUCUCAACACCGCUCCCACCGUCGCCAUCAUACUACUUCUCUUACCGAGAAGAGAAAGAAGGACAACCAAGAAAUUCCGGUUGAAGUUUGUCAAGAACAAACAAUCGCUGCGAUUUUUCUUCGGAAUUGAAUUUCGUUUUGGUUUGAGAAUGAAGAGGGUCACGGAUGAGAUGUUGAGAGGCGGAAACAGCCAUGAGACGGUGGAGCUGGGACUGUCUCCGUCGUGUGUUCUCAAGAUUCAGAAAGGGUGCAUCACCAUGGCUGUCUCCAUAGAGUUCUCAAGAUUCAGAAUCACUCGGUUGUCUGUCGAGGGUGUCUCCAAAGCUAUUUACCUAGAAAUUUUAGGUUGCUCGAGGAACUUGAACGUGAUGAAAAGGGAAUUGGGGAUGGUACGAUGUUCUGUGGCAGAUUACUUAGAGAAGACUCCCAGUGUUAGAUUCCAUUCCCCGAUAAGCAUGACUUGCGCAAACCAUGAAACUGGAGUG